CGUCCAUCACGAUCACCGAUGUUGACACGACUCUCAAGCUGAUACGCGGCCCGCUGCUUUGACCUAUCACCUGCUCCCAGGUGGCAAGCAUCGAACCCGCUGGCCCUCCCUCGCAGGCCCGUUGGAAGCUCAAGAGAUCGUCACGACAAACUUGCACAGCCACGGUCACCCUACCUUCAGACGCGACACCAGACUGCAGCUGGAUCGCUGUCGGUUUAUUUGAGCGUCUAAAGCGGCCAGGCAUGAUGCAACCGAGGCGUGGAGAGCGCCAUCCUCCGUCAGCGUGGACUUAUGAGCCCAAACAUCGUCGCAAUUACAGAGGCUACGUUCCGGAUCCCGGAGACGAGGUGGCGCACGUGCCCGCUGGCAUCUCACCAGAUCAGCUAUGGGAAGGCUUCAUUUCGCAGAGGAGACCAUGCGUCAUCGAUGGGCCUAUCCAGGAUGCCGAAUUCAAAGCUGUCGAUUGGACUGACUUGGACAGACUCAAGCAGAGAGCUGGGUCCAGCAGAGUCAAGAUUGAGCCCAUCCAUCCUUCCGGCAGAUUCGGCACCGCGAUGGAGAGACAAAAGGUGCCGUUUGGAUUGUACCUGGACAUGAUGCAGGACCCGGAGCUAGCAGGCAGCUACUAUCUCACCACCCAGUACGAGAGCGAAGAUGGCGAGGAUAGCCAGGACGAGGAGGAUGAGGCAAGCCGAGAGGCAGUAGAGGAUGCAACGCGAUUGCUAGGAGCAAAGUCUAGCAAUGAUGAGCGAGCCGGCAGGCUCAAACGGCCCAGGUCGGCCAGUGCUGAGUCAGAGCGUGAUAGUGAUGUCGACCAUCGGCCGACCAAAGUGCGCAAUCGCACAGAUUCUGUCCCCGCCAGGCGGACAUCGCACACCUCAGCUUCGUCAGCACUUCAGACCUUGUCACCUGCCUCCGAGACCUCGUCGAGCUCAAGCUCGUCUGCGCCGACCUCUUACACUGCGGAUGAAUCCGUCGAAGACUUGGAUCCGCCCUUGCCACCUCCAAUGUCCGCACUGGCCGGUGGUCUACCACUGCCUGUACCCAAGAUCUUGGGAGGGCUGGUCUUGCAGCAGUGCAACAUGUGGAUGGGCGCUUGUACUAAGCCAAAAAGUUCUGGGCUGCAUCAUGACCAUCACGAUAAUCUCUACAUGCUACUCUCGGGUAGGAAGCGCUUUUUGCUCUGGCCACCUAUUGCACACUUUUGGCUGCAACCAAGGGGUCGCCUAGAGGGCAUGCACCAGAACGGUCUGUUGACAUACGUGCCUCGCGGCGAGCUGCCAAGCUGGCAUGCUGCCUCCAACAGACAACAGCUUCGCGCUGAUGGCUUGCCAGAAGCGGAAUCUGCUCACUGGAGGAUCAAAGCGCGUGAAAGAGCGCUUGAAGAGGCAAAUGACAGAGCAGCGCAAUUGUCUGGCGAAGCGCACAGACCGGCGAGCAGACGCAAGGGAAAGGGCAAACAGACCCCUGAGCAGGUAUUGGCGAUGGAGCGACUUGCUGCUGCGAGGUUGCAUCAGGAGUACAUUCGACAUCUAGAAAGCGGCGACAGCUUUGUGAGCAGAGAGGAUGAGAGGGACAUGGAAAGCGAUCUGGAGGAAGACGAGGUGGUUUCGCAGAUUAUAUCGCCGACGGUCGCUAGGCGGGCCUUGGCAGCGCGUGCUGACGCGGAACUGGAUGAUGCAAGUGAUGACGACGGAGGAGAGCACCUACUUGCGCAAGCUGCGCGUCUCGGAGCGCAAGAGAAUAUCGAGAAGAUGCACUACGACGCAAUAGCCGUCCCUUUCAUUGCGCAUGCUCUGGCACCAGCGGAGGAGCGCAUUGGUCUGCCUCCUCUUAUCCCACAGGAGGUCAGAAAAUCGGACGGGACACGAGACGACUCUUCAGAUAUAUCAGACGCAUCGAUAGAUCAACGAGAGCUCAACGCAGCCUUCUUGGAACCGUUGCUCGAAGCAGUUCGUCGCGCUGGCAACAAUGCUUUGGAUCUUGACACUGCAAUGAUAGCCAUUAGACAAGGCUAUCAAGCAGUAGGACUCAGUGCCGAGGGGCUUGCGCUAGAGGACGUCAGCGACGAGUCGGGAUCGGAUGACGGCGCCUCCCAGAUGUCUGAACGUAGGCGCUGCCGCUCCUCGCCACUCCGCAUUCCGCCGGGCAUGCUUCCAGGCGGGCUAUUAGGGCGACCCGAUGGGACUGGUGGCGAUGAAGAACACGAAUUUGAGGAGUAUGACGACUAUCUCGCUGAGGCACAAGAAACCGUCCAUCCACGAGACAUUGAAGCCAUGCUUGGAAGGGAGCUAGGCUCGGGACCUGAGCAGGGCCUCCUCGAUGCGGACGACUUAGAUGAUACAGCGCUCGAGCAAGCGCUGUUUGCGGAAGUGCAAGCUCGCCCUGAACGACGCGAAGCUCUCGUUGCCAGAAUACACGAGAUAGCCACCGAGCAAUCGGCGAGUGUUGCUGAGUCCCGUUCAGAUCCAGGAAGCUCGGAAGGGGAAAGUGAGGAGUCUGAGAUAGGCUAUGACAUCGCAGAAGAAGGGGAUGAUGAAGGUGCUGUGUUGGGCAUAGCGUCAGAGCAGCAAGACGCGAUCAGGGAGCAGCACCUUGUCCAGCAGCUCAAGUAUGGGCUUGCGAAGUCCGACUUUGCUUUCCUGGACGAGGUCAUGGACGAUGCGCAAGCUUUCUGCAUUGCACGGACUUCUGCGCGGCUGCCUAUUACGGACGAUCUGCGUAUCUUGGUUGCUGCGGUGCUGCAGAUAGGCGCGAUGGCGGAUGCCACUGAUGAAGACGAAAGGGGGGCAGAGACUACAUCCGAAGCGUCUGCCGAGUCAGACGACGACUUGCGAAAUGGACCCAACAGCUUCAGCUCUAUAGAUCCGGGCGCUCUUCACGCAUACUUUGGAAUUCCCGAUGACCCAAAGGGAGUAGUCUCACCUUCAAACGUACCUCCUGAGGCGCUGGGUCCAAGAGCUGGCUGUCCGGCCCCCCUCGUUGUCGACUUGAAGCCAGGUCAGAUGCUAUAUCUGCCCGUCAGCUGGUGGCAUGAAGUUACAAGCUGGUCUGACGAGGUAUCAAACGAGUCGACAGACGCGCCGAGUGGAGAUGGCCAGGAUGACGAACGACGCAUCGUGCCGCAUCAAGCCGUCUCAUGGUGGGUUCAUCCCCCUACUGCACUGAAAGAAGGGAUCGCUAUGCCACCUCUUUGGACCGACGAGACGCAAGAUGCAGGCGCUACAGAUCACAAGGAGGCGGACGGCAAGGCCACCGGUGGUGCGGGAUCUGCAGGAGCGGCACAAGCUAGCAAUGCGCCAUCACCUGCAAGCAGGACGGUCGGGACUUCAGCACAACCAUAUGUGGACUUUGAAGUGUGGGAUGAGAUCAGACGAGCCGUAAAUGCCCUCAUCAAGAAAUCUCGCGCAGACGCCGAAAGAGAGGCGAUCAGGGCGAAAGCGGAAGACGAAGAAGACGUUGUGUUCUAGCUUUGUUGACAUGUUUCGCCAUUUUUUGCUGCCUGAAGCGAUGUCACUUUCCAUUCCAUGCACAAUGUCUUCGACAAGGCAGUCCGCAUCAAAUUGCAAGCCCGACGUGUUACCAGUGUUGUUACAGAUGAGAGACGUGGGCGACUAAGAUGCAGUAGGAGGAACUACGUCUCGAUGCCAUCGAUCCACGACUUGAGCUGCGAGGGACGUUUGCAAGUGUUCACAACGUUAGAGAGCCAGAUCGGGCAACACCUUACGGGGGCAUCGCCGCUUCGCACUCACAAUGACUUCGCGUAAUGCCUCGCCAAGCGAGCUCACCGAACGGCUCCUCUUCGCCAC